UCUUCUGCAAGCUUAUCAAGCACAUAGAACUCGCAAAACCUUAAGAAAAUACAAACACAAAAAAUGUUUAACUCUUGGCAUGUCAUCUCAUGUUUUCUCUUCAUUAGUAUUAUCCUCAAAGUUUGCUUAGCAGACAACGACAACCUCCAUGAUAUCUGCCCUGCAGCCACCCCAACUUCAAAAACUUGUGACGCUGCGACUUUCAUCAACGGCCUUCCUUGCAAGGACCCAGCAAAUAUAACAGCCUCCGAUUUCAAAACCUCAUACCUCAAACAUCGUGGGGAUACCUUUAACUUCCUCCUAUCCUCUACAAACAUAGUGACUGCAGCUGAAUUCCCGGGCCUUAACACCCUGGGCCUCGGAUUGGCCCGGACAGAUUUGGAGGUAGAUGGUAUAGUGACCCCACACUCUCACCCUAGGGCUGCAGAGAUACUCUUUGUAAGCAAAGGAGUUGUGACAGUCGGGUUUAUUGACACCAGUAACCAGGUGUUUCAGAAGGUUCUAAGAGAAGGUGACGUGUUCAUCAUCCCAAAGAGUAUGCUUCAUUUCUGUUUCAACGUUGGAUAUGAGUUUGCCACCAUUUUCUCUGUCCUCAACAGCCAAAAUCCAGGUCUAAUUGACAUAUCAGGUGCCGUGUUUGGUUCUAGCUCUGAGGCGGCCACAAAGAUGAAGGAAAGAGUUGUAUCUCUUUCUUCUCUAAACAAGGCUGAUGCCACCAGCUCCCAAACAACAUUUUCACACCAACAUACAGAAUUAUAAGAUGGGUUUAAUUGCUUUGAAUUUUCGUCAUCUUGCUUUUCUUUUCCGGGGUGUGCUUGCGUGAAAGUGAGCAACUCCAAAUGUAAAGUUAAAUUAUGACUUGAUAUUGUAUGGUUGCAUCUUCAUGCCUAAUUAGUAAUUACAUUCUUUUUCAGAUAUAAGAGAAGGUCACGAAAUUUUUACUA